GCUCUGCCCCUCCCGGGUCCCCGACCCGGCACCAGCCUCGGUGCUGCGUGUCGCCCGACCGCGGUGACCGGCCCUACGCCCCGCCCCUGCCGGUGGCCUGCGGCCGCGGCCGCCCGGCCUCGAGGAAGACACAUGUUCACUUAUUUACACGCUCGGUGGCGUGGGAGGCACCGUGGCCGACCCGGGCAGACCCGGGCGUCCCUUCCCCGGGCCCACCGUCUGAUGGAGAGGGAGCACAGAAUGAGAUCGACAGAUCCGUAGAAUUCUAGCUACAGAGGAACAAGUUAGAGGCCGGUGGUUUUGUUUGACACAAGGUCUCCCCAUGUGUAGAAUUCUCGAUCCUCGUGUCUCCGCCUUCGGAGUAGCUGGGGUCACUGGCUGGCCCUCUCGUAGCCUUCGGUGAUAUUGUGAAUAUUUAUUUUAAUGAGAAAAUCUUGACUUAGGACAGGGAAGUCUCUCUCUUUUUUUUAAAUGAACUGACUGAGACGCGGUCUAAGGUCUGUUAUCCAUGACAGAAGGGAGGGAGACCUUCGAAGCAGAUAGAAUAAUCACCGAAGGCGGCUUUGACUCGGGGAGGCCUGGAAUGAUUUGCAGCCGGACCCCGACCCAGACCAGGAAGGCAAUCUGCAUCAUGUGGUUACUAACUGCUCUUCAUUUACCUAUUGAUGCCUCCCAAAAAGAGACUCCAAAGACAGUCCCGCAAAGCCCAGCUGCUAUUCCACCAGCAGCCACUGGAGGGCCGCAAACACCAUUAUGAAUCUCUCCAGCAGCCCAUUACCCACACGGUACAGGUGCCCAGCAAGCCCAUUGAUCAGGGCACCAUCACAUCCUGGGUAUUACCUCAGUUUGAUACAAAAGCCGAAAGCCAGUUUCCAGCACACCGGAAACAUCGUCCUCGAGAACAGGCAAGACACUUAACUCGGAGAUCUGCCUGUAAAUUCCCACGUCUAACCUUUGAGAGUCCACUGUCUUCCACUUCAGAGACACUGUUGAUACCCUUGAACAGAGAAGAGCCCUGUCAAGCUGAAAAGGACACUCCCAGAAGGCCUUUAGUGCCACUGCUCAGUCCCCAGAGCUGUGGGGACCUGUCAGUACCUGCACUUCAAAGCUUAUCCCACGUGCUCAUGCCCCCUGAUAUCCAGACCCCGGGAUCAUCUGUGAGAGAAGAUCCUGUUUCCCCAGAUCAGAAGGAAAACGGCCUCCCAGGAUGCAUCCUUGGCCCUACAACUCCCAACAGCCCAGAGCCUGGGCCUGUUCUGGUCAAGGACACCCCUGAGGAGAAGUAUGGGAUAAAGGUCACAUGGAGACGCAGAAGGCACCUGUUUGCUUACCUCAAGGAGAAAGGGAAGCUGGACAAGAGCCAGUUCCUUGUGAAGAUCUGACUGUCACAGACUUGAGUGUUCAUCUCAGAGCUGCUGAUGGUCAUUGUCUCUAAAGUCUCUUCUCUGGCUUGAAAGAAUGAAAUGGAGGAACACCAAUAGGAGGGAGACUUUUGAGGCUUGGAGUUGGAAGUUGGUUUCUAGAUUUGCUUUUUAAGCCACUUCAUAUCAGAGUUGAAUUUAGUGUCAUGAACUGUUGGUAUUUACUCAUAUUAACUGUUUAAACCUUUAAAGUAUCUUGUACUGUUUACAAUUUUGUAAAAAAUGUUUGUAAAUAAAUGGCUGCCCCGA